GUAGACCGGGAGUUUCAAACUCGGUGGGUUUGUUUCGGGGAGCAGACAUCUCAAGGAAGUACUAUGUCUGGUGUGAAAGCUGCAAGGCCAAUUCUGUCUAGAAAUCAUGCAGAAGCUCGAAGGCGAGUCAUUAGUUUAUAUCGUGCCUGUAGCGUAGAUCUUACAGUGCCUGUUUUGUAUGCAAGAUUAAGGGAAGAGUUCCGUAAAAAUAAGGAUAUUAAAGAUUUACGUAUAAUUGACUUGUUAAUUCACAGAUGGCAAAAUGAACUAAUUGAAGUGGCGCGUUUGUGGAAGUCUGAUACGCAUGUGAUGGAUUUCUUUAGAGAAGAUCAUCUCCCAGAAAAGCCGAAAGAUUUCUUGGACAAAUUUCUAUCUGGAAAGCAGUAA